GCAACCUUGUCCUCAGCCAUCAAGGGCAACGAACAGCUGAUUUUCAUUCACGAGUCCAACUCCCGCCGCAAUUGGAUCGUCUGGCCCGUAAAACUGAUUGACUGCUUUCGGGCGCACUCGCUGUUUACAUCCGUGAGGUCACUGGGGUGGGACGUGCUUUUUGUGGAGGGGUAAAGGCUUGGCCAGCCAGCCUGAUCUGUCGGCAGCGAGCACCUCUAGCUAGAGGCAAGCUUGAGCUGGCUUUGGGGCAGAGGAAACCUUAUUUUGUUGAUAUUCAGUUGGCGCAUCUUGGAUACACCUGAAUGUUUUUGGAGUCAAGAGAGGAAAAAAGGGUGUAACCGAUCUUUUCACAGAGACAACUCGUAAGGUUAAACUGUCAGUUCGUCGGAUGUAGGAGUCAAAACACAGUUGACACACCUCUGAAUGCAGUGUCCUGGAGCUGGAGUGUACAAAACCUGGACACCAGAUGGUCACAGUGGAAAAUUGGAAGAGCAAAGAUGUUCCUAGCUUCAGUCCAAACCGCAGACGACAACGGGGUGUGGAGUGACAUGUCUAUAAUCUAGAAGCUUUAGUAAUGUCAACUCCAUCUGAACGGACUUCUGGAUAAACUUUGCAUCGACAAGAGAGACAGAAGGUGACAUUCUCGAUGCCUCAGAAGCAUUUCCACAAUAAGCCCAUGGAUGGACUCACGCCAAAGAACUUUCUUCAGGAGUUCAGUGCGAGUUGUUUAGCUUGGUCUAAAGCGCAAUGAAUGUAUCAGUUAUUAACUGGUGAGACAGUGUGUGAAGGAGAAGGAGAAGAACUUACAAAUUGAAGUUUGCUGCAAAGGAUGAUGGGGUGCUGCCGAAGUGACGAUGUCGGGGGCGACGUCUCAAUCACCACUUCGACCACGGGAUACUAUAUGUCGAGGAAUAAAGCGACCAAGCACCGCAGCAGGUUCUCCUUCUGUGGCUGGUUUCGAAACAGCGGGUUCAAAUAUUCCUUCUCGGUAUUGUGGGUUCUCAUUAAUGCUGCAGUGUUCUUCAGUGUUUAUUACCACUACAAGUACGAAUCAAAGUACUAUUACCUCAGGGAAAUAUUAGGGAGAACUUUGUGUGUGUCACGCGCCUCUGCUGCUUUGCUGAAUCUCAACUGUGCUGCACUAUUAUUACCUGUAUGUAAACACCUGGCUGCGAGACUACGAAGAUCAAAACUGUCAAGUCGAUCAAUGAGACGCUGGCUGGAUCACUACCGAUUUACUCACAUCAUGUGUGCAGGCUGUGUGUGCAUAGGAACAGUUAUUCAUUGUACAGCACAUUCGUUCAACGCUGUAAGGUUUUCUACGGGAUUCAACAGUGCUUUUCCUGACAUCAAUAUUGCUACUUUUUCAGGCCAGAAUCCAUGCACGAUGCUGCUAUCAACGGUGGCUGGAAUAACUGGUUCCUGUAUGCUGUGUAUACUUAUAUUUAUAAUCAUCACAUCGCUGCCUUGUUUUAGACGGGAAAGACAUAACGUAUUUUGGAUGUCACAUCAUGCUUUCUUAGUCUUCUACAUUCUACUAUUAUGCCACCCACUUGGUGGAAUCUUAAAGGAACAGUGCAACACGGUCAACCACACUCCGGGUUGCGUUUAUCCGGAUGAUCCGCUACCUGAACCGAUGUCCGUGAAACCCGAUCCAAAUGAUAGAGUCGAGUACACUAGUCGGAUAAUACCGCAUGCAGAACCAAGUGCUGUGAAUUCAUCAUCUAUUUGCAGAGAGAAACCCAGGUUUAUUUCACACAAAUCUCGGACGUGGAGGUUUCUAUUGGUCCCAGCGUCUCUCUACAUCCUCGAUCGUGUGUGGCGAUGGAUCAAAUCUCGCCGUUCGGUCACCAUAGAAAAUCUCCGCUUCUUACCGGGUGACGUCAUAGAAUUUCGGCUCCAUGUCGAGAAUUUUAGCGCUCAACCGGGUCAGUACAUCCUCAUCAAUUGUCCCGCUAUCUCACGAUUAGAAUGGCAUCCUUUCACAUUGACUUCGUGUCCGACUCCUUCAAACCCAUCGUUUAGUUUGCAAAUGAAAGCAUGUGGAGACUGGACAGAUUUAUUUCGUCAGCUUCUUCAGGAAAGGUUAAAGACAUCACAUGGAGAUGAUCCUUACAUGAGCAUGCCAAAAAUUCUGAUGGACGGACCUUUAGGUAGUGCGAGUGGUGAUAUAUUGAGGUAUCGAGUGAGUGUUUGCAUAGCCGGUGGUAUCGGCGUGACACCAUUUGCUGCUAUACUUAAUCACCUUGCGUCCCUCGGCUGCGAUGAGCUGUCGAGACUUAAACUUUCUCGCUUAUAUUUCAUCUGGAUCUGUCGAGAUGAAAGUCAUUUCCAGUGGUUCACUCAAACUAUCAACUCACUGCAAUUAAAGUUAUGGCAGAUGAACCGACCCGACUUCUUAAAUCUUCGUUUACACACGACUGGUAAUAUAUCAAAGAGCGGCUGGUCAGAGUCUACCGACACUCAAUUAUGCUGUAGUAUAGGACAGGGACGUCCAAAUUUAAAAGAUAUUUUGAAUGACGUCACAAUAUGCAAUCCAAAACAGAAUAUUGGUGUGUUCGUCUGCGGGCCAAGGAAGAUGACGUCACGCGUCCAUCGAUUGUGUAAUCGCCUCAACAGAAACAAAGCACAAUUGCAUUUCAACCAAGAAAGCUUUAGUUGAUGAUUUGAAGUGUAAAAUGUGUCAGUGCCACUUGUAAAGUCAAUAGCUUGCUUUUCAUCCAUGUCUCUGAAAAUGGAUCAGAAGGUCCAAGUUCUAAUGUAUAUCCUAAUUUUUCAUAAUUACAUAAAAUGUACUUUUGUGUACGUGAACAGCGACGAUCUGGUAUUUCUAUGUCGCAUUAUCUUCCAUCUUUAUUGAAAAAAAUGCAAGCAGAAUUACGAACUUGGUGCUAUUUCACAUGCAGCUGUUAUUCUUACCAUCAUCAAUAGUCAACCGAUGACGUAAUAAUGGUGUUUCGAAUUGUGUUAUUUAACGGACGAUGAUUUGGCAGUGAUUAUAAAAAUGACAUUGAUCCAUGCAGUGUGCAAGGAUUGACUCGAUUUUCAGUUAAUAAGCCAAGACUCAACACGGUGCUGCUCAGUUAACUUUUGCCCCAAUGACAUAGAUAUUCAAAUAUUCUAAACAUACGAUCAGUGACGAUAUGAGUUGUCAUUCAUUAUGCUCGGUCAAUUAAGGGAAGUUGCGUUCAUUUUUAUCGAUCCGCAGAUGGCAAUAUUAACAUGAAGAUGCUCCUAAUGAGCAAAAUGUGCCCCAUGUUCUUAUGUUCAAUUUUAUAUAUUUCAUUUCAUUAAAUAGAUUGUAAAGAGACUGGGGGUCUCUUGUCAAAAUGAAUUAAAGUCGGUAAAACCUGGAGGAGAGACCGCAGGAUCGUAGUGACUAAGUUCGCUUUCUUAUUCUUAUUCAUCAUUAAUGAUAUUGAAGUCAUCUGAAUGUCUAAAUAGAUCGCGGUAGAUUACAAGGAUUGUAUUUUUACUGUCGUAAUGCAGACUUUUUAUGUCACAUUUUUAAAGAAUUUGAUGGUGAAUGAAAGAAAUUAGUAGUCCUGGGGGUGUUUCACAAAGAUUUUUAAGUUGAACUUAUCUCUAAGC